AUGACCACCACACCCAUUUCUCCGGACGCCGCAAUCAAGGCCAAAUAUGCCGCUGAACGCCAACGGCGACUCCGACCUGAUGGAUCCACCCAGUAUGUCGACCUCGACAAGACCGACAAGUACAAGUACCUGCAUGACGACCCAUGGGUUGAUCAUGAUGUCCUCAACUCCCAACCCCCGGCUCUUAAUGAUGGGGAUGAGUGCAAAUUCCUCAUCCUGGGAGCAGGCUAUGGCGGACUCAUCUUCGCCGCUCGCCUGAUCCAAGCCGGCUUUUCUCCAUCAGAGAUGCGGCUGGUCGACACGGCGGGCGGGUUCGGUGGCACGUGGUACUGGAACCGAUACCCGGGCCUCAUGUGCGAUGUCGAGUCGUACAUCUACAUGCCGCUCCUGGAAGAGACAAACUACAUGCCCAAGCACAAGUACACGUAUGGACCGGAGCUGCUUGAGCACGCGAACCGAAUCGCCCAACACUUCUCGCUGGCCGACAAGGCGCUGUUCCGCACGCAAGUCAAGACACAGCGCUGGGAUGAGUCACGCAAGCAGUGGGUCGUGUCCAUGUCCGAGUACCGCGGGCCAAAUGAGGGCGGCCGCGAGCUGCAAGUUCGUGCGUCCUUCGUCAUUAUGACUGGCGGUUUGCUCAACGUGCCGCACAUUCCCAAGAUGCCCGGUCUGGACCAGUUCAAAGGCCAGCACUUCCACACGGCACGCUGGAACUACAGCAUCACGGGCGGUUCUCCCGAACUGCAGACGCUGGACAAGCUGGCCGGCAAGCGCGUUGGCAUCCUCGGUACUGGCAGCACAGCGAUCCAGGUGGUGCCAGAGCUAGCCAAGUGGAGCAAGCACCUCUACGUCUUCCAGCGCACCGCCUCCUCCUGUGAUGUUCGCGGCCAGCACGAGACGGACCCGAACGCCUGGCCCGCCAUUACCGAGAAUGGCGCCCCUGGGUGGCAGAAGCGGCGCGCCGAGAACUUCAACUCGUACGUCAUGGGCCGGCCAGAGGGCGUUGACCUGGUGCGCGACGGCUGGUGCCAGAUGCCCAGCUUCAGCGCACUGAUCGGCGCCACCCACAGGGGCAUUAUCGACGGCAACGAUCCUGAGAGCGUGAGGAAACACAUCGAAUGGAUGGAUGCCCUUGACUUUCCCCGCGCCCAGCGCGUGCGUGCCCGCGUCGACCAAGAGGUCAAGGAUCCAGCCAAGGCCGAGAAGCUGCGCGCCUGGUACCCAACCUACUGCAAGCGUCCUGGCUUCCAUGACCAGUACCUGCAAAGCUUCAAUCAGCCCAACGUCGACAUCAUCGACACUGACGGCAAGGGCGUGGACCGCUUGACCGAGACUGGCGUCGUCGUGGCCGGCGUCGAGUAUCCCGUCGACGUGCUGGUGUUGAGCACCGGCUUCCGUGCUGCUGUUGGCGACCCCGUGAGCCCCGCUUGGAAUGCCAGCGUCAAGGCGUAUGGGCGUGGAGGCUUGGAUAUGGAUACGAAAUGGGCCGACAAGGGCCCCACGACCUUCCACGGCAUGAUCAGCCACGACUUUCCGAACAUGUUCUUCUGGUCGCCCGCGCAGACUGGCAUGGCCUGUAACAUUACGUAUGUGCUCGACCUGAUCGCCACGCACACUGCUUUCAUCGUGGCCGAGGCCAGCAAGAAGGCGAACGGCGCGCCCUUUUCCGUGGAGCCCUCCGCCGAAUCCGAGGAGCAUUGGUCGGAAGAGACGGCCAAACGCUCCGCCUGGUUCUCGCCCAUCCUCGGCUGCACCCCAGGCUAUUUCAAUGCUGAGGGCCACGCUGCAAAUGAGACGGAUGACGAGAAGAUGGUGGCAAAGAAGAAAAGAGCUGCCGCCUGGGGAGAAGGUAGCACCGACUACGCUUGCCGUCUUGCUCAAUGGCGCACUGGCAGUGCACUUCAAGGCAUUGAAAUCUGUUAA